UGUUCUGAUCAACUAUUUAAUAGAUAUCUAUUAUGAGCCUUGACAACUUUUAUGUCAUUAUUAUUACCUUUAUUCAAACCUUCCUCCCCUUUGAUACAUGUGAUAUAUAAGUUAGAGCCAUAGAAGAAAAAAAAAAUCUUCGAGAUUGUCUUUUUGGUUCGAUGGAUUUACAACUUGAUGAAAGCGAAAAUCGAGAUCUAAAUAAGGUAACUCUUGAAUGGAAAAAGUUUGUGGAAGAAGUACAAGACGCGGUAGGAUACGAAUUCAAGAAUGUUAAUUUGUUAUAUCAAGCUUUUACUCAUCCUUCGUUUCAUCGAGAAGAUAAGUAUGAAUCAUAUGAAAGGCUUGAAUACGUAGGUGACUCCGUGUUAAAUAUGUUGAUAGCAAAGUUCCAUUAUUUUCUACAUCCUGAUUUGGCGCCGGGACAGUUGACGCGGCUGCGAGCGGCUAACGUGGAUACCGAAAAACUUGCUAGGGUAGCCAUCAGAUAUGAUUUUCAUAAGUAUUUACGGCACAAGAAACCUCUAUUUAAAAGUCAAGUAGAAGAAUUCAAAGAUGCAAUGUUUGAGUACCCAUUACAUUCAACAGGACUUAUUGAUCCCCCAAAGGUGCUGGCUGAUGUUGUGGAAUCCCUCAUUGGUGCCAUUUAUAUUGACUGCAAUUUCUCCAUGGACAUAACUUGGCAGGUGGUAGAAAAUUUGUUGCAACCUAUGAUUACUCCAGAAAAUCUAGAGACUCAUCCAGUUACAAAAUUCUAUGAGGUUUGCCAAAGAAAUGGAUGGAGUGUUAAACUUAUCGAUACAUGGGAAAAAACAGGAGAAAUUGAAGUUUUUGCUGGUGAAUUUGCAGGCAAGGGAAAAUUUAGUGGCAAGAAAUUAAUUGCUCUAAAUAGGGCUGCACAUAAUGCAUAUUGUGAAAUUGUCAGAAACUUAAAAACUACUUGUAAUGAUUAUAAUUUUUAAUGAAGCUCAAGACUAAUUAUUAGUUUUGAUACUUUGUAUCUAUUUUUAUGUAUCUAUAAUUUCUUACUUAUUUACUAGUGCUCAUGUGUGCGCGCCUUUCACAAACAUUGUAAUAGCUAUAGAUUUUGGACUAUA